AUGACAAGAUCCUCCGAUUCAGUUCUCGAGAGCUCCAGGAGCAGCUCAGAAAAGGUUACCCAAGUCCAGCGCGAUUCUUUCGUCUCCAAAGACGACAAGGACAAGGAUAAGGUAAAGUACUCAUCUCAAACCAAAGAUGUCUCUCCGUCUGAGUCCGAGAGGUCACAUCAGGAUGUUUCAAGGGAGGUACUUUAA